AUGAAGCUGGUGCCGUUGUUGCCGACGGUGGCGCCGGACCAUGCGCCCUACCGCGGCUACAAGGUGGGUGAGACGAUUCAUGACCACGACAUUGCGCUUAGCUAUGUCUUGGACCAUUAUUCCUAUGCUUUGCCCUCCUAUCACGAGCUGUCGAAGAAACAGCAGGACUCCAUCCGUUUCACCCAAUGCAAGAUGGAGUACAACAUGGGCUGGCUGGUUCAGGCCGAGGGCAUCGGGACACGUUUUGCAUCGCUUUGCGCUGUGCGGCUCUGUGGCUGUGCAAGAUGGAAGCAUCAUUCGUUGUUUGGGCUCCGCAGUCCUCGGAGAGGGUGUGAGCAAGGCGCCGCACCGGCCGCACCUUGA